AUGACUCUCACACCGGCCCUGAGGGCAAACAUCCAGGGAGAUGUUUGGCUUACCGCUAUCACAAGGCCCGGUCUCCCAAAGAGAUUCCAAAGCUUCCUUUUCUUUCGCAUUCGAAACCAAACAGAUUUCAAAAAUCGUCUCAAAACAUUCACUGAUAAGAUCACCACAGCUCAAGAUGCCUGUAAAAUGAGCGAGACAAUCAAAGCGGCAAGGAAAGAAGCCGAGCUGGCAAAGAAAUCCGCUAAGCUUCAAGCCUUGCCAGGAAUUAACAUUGCCUUUACUUCGACCGGUCUUGAAGCUCUUGGAGCAUUCAUAAGCGUCAAGGACCAAGAACUAGUGAAGAGAGACAGAAAGCUCUCCCCAAUCUUCCGAAGGAACCAAAUUCGCGGUGGCCUUUUUGAAAAGGGCAUGUUCGAUGAUCUGGUCGGAGAGGGGUGGGACAACCCCCAGGAACUUCGAAAGGAGUACCAGCCUACGAGUGAUAAACAGAGGCUCAUUGAUGGUGUGAUCAUGGUGACCUCGAGCCUAAAGUCUGAUUUGGAUGCUCGAGUCAGCGAAGUGAAGCAGCACUUCCUGGCCGAAGAAGGCACAGCUCCCAAUGCAGACACCUAUGCCAUCAGUAGGGACCCUUCUAUUGAGUUGACCCUGGUGAGAGAAGGAAAGGUCCGACCGGGUCUUAACAAAGGAAAGGAGCACUUUGGGUUCAAGGACGGAAUCAGUCAGCCUCUCAUUGAAGGUUGGGAUGAAAGGCAACCUCAGGCCAAGGAGCCAAAAGCCGCAAAGCCAGGAUUGGUUCUUUGCGGCCACGAGGGUGACAAGCAGAAGCAACCGGCUUGGGUCAAGGACGGUAGCUUCCUUGUUUUCCGUGAUCUUCAGCAACUCGUUCCUGAAUUUGACAAUUUUAUGGAAGAGAAUGCCCAUCUUGCUCCUUUUGCUCAGGACCAUCCCAAGCCAGCGGAAAAGCUUGCGGCACACUUGAUGGGACGGUGGAAGAAUGGAACCCCGGUAGACGAAUCACCUCACGAUGACUCAAACGAAGCGCUCUUCUCAUCAAACAACUUCGACUACCACCCCAUUGAUGAGCACAAGAAGUGUCCCUUUGCUGCUCACACCCGCAAGAUGAGACCUCGUGGAGACAUGAAUCACGAUCAUGCCGUCAUUUGGCGUCGCGGCAUUCCUUACGGCGAAGAAGUUACAGCAGAAGAAGCGGCCGAACGGAAGUCUGCUGCAGACAAAGAGCGUGGACUCUUGUUUGUCUGCUACCAGAGCGAUAUUCGCAACGGAUACAAUUUCCUGACCACCCGCUGGGCUAGCAAUCACCACUUCCCCGACGACAAGACUCAUGUGGUCGGUGAGGAGGGUCCAGGCAUCGACGCCAUCGUAGGCCAGAGACUUGAGCAUCACCCGCCUCGCUCUUUCGCUACGAUUGAUCACGAGGAAGGAUCCGGACACCGUAUGCCAUUGGAGAGUUGGGUUGUUCAACGGGGAGGAGACUACUUCUUUGUGCCCUCUAUCUCGACUUUGCGGAAGGAGCUUACAGGUCCUGGCAUCUUUGAUCAAGCGGCAUUGCAACAACUUCGUGAGGAUAACGAAUAA